CACACCUUCCUCAAACCACCACACCAACUGCCACCUCAAUAAAACCAUCAUACCCGCACACUCAAACCUAAACCUUCCUCACUCCACCACAACCAUGUCCACCAACAACACCAUCUUCGCCGGCAGCAAGCCCAAGCCCGAAGAAAAGAAGUCCGAGGAGUAUAAGCCAGCCCUCGCGUCCUAUAAGCCCAUUCUUUACAAGAUCAAGCUCCGCGCGGCCUUGGACUCCUCCGACGCCCCUCACCUGGACCCUUCUUCUUCGAUCUGGAAGGACCUCCACUCCCUCGUCGAUCAGGACGUCCUGAACGACGCGUACGCUCUCACCCUCCAGGUCAAAGACCUCAUCCACUCCGCCGACCCCGACCUGGUCCUCGAAACCCGCCGCGAGCCGAAGGUCUUCGGCCGCUUCCAAGUCAAGGCGUCGUACGGCGGUUAUGAUAAGCAUGGCAACGCGUCCUUCUCCAAGUUCAAGGCGGUGAGUGACUUCAUCUCCUUCCGUAUCCCGACCGGCGUGCCAUGGAUGCUCUCGAAUAUCCAGCGUCUCGUGGCCGCGAUCACGAAGUUGGACGGGAAGUACUACAUCAAGCCCGACAAGAACGGGGGACAGGUGGAGAUCCUGGACAGGCACGUGGUGAGGGAGACCAUGCCCAAAGACCUCUGCUGCUUCGUAUAUGCCUAUCUCCCGGGUAUCGGCCACGUCAUCGAGUUCCAGGUGAACCACCCAUUCGCGUCGUUCGCCUUCGGCCGGGACUCGUACCUUCGCGAUCACCCGGAAGAGAACGCCAAGCUGGUUGAUCUCUGGCGGGAGAAGUUCUACCCGACUAUGCGGGAUAUUUUAAUGAAAGAGGUGCAGCCGACGGAGGAGGAGAAGGACCUAAUCAAAGCGAAGUUCCUGAAGCUGUACAAAGGCAAGCAGUCGGAUCCUGACCUGAUCGACAUUUUGGAGGGAGAGGGAUUCUUGGCCCAGAUGGCCUAGCUAAUGAAGGCUUGCGGCAAUUGGGGGCUCAGAGCCUGGUGCGGUUGAUUCGUCAUUUCUUGAUUUUUCUUUUUCCGGGAGGCGGCGUCUAGACCGAAGGGGAGUUAGGUGUUCGAUAUGGUUCGAUAUCCAUCUCGUUUCAUUCUCAUUCUGGGCGAUGAGAUUUUCUUGGUGGUAGAUACCCCGACGGCAUAGAUCUGGAGUUCUAGGUGCAGCUCAUUGGGGGCAGGCUUUACGUACCAGAAGUCUUCAAGCGCGAAAUUCUGGCUCUUUCUAUUCGAUGAAUGUGAUAUAAGAG